AUGUACUUAAUAAAAUUUAAAGAUUGGUAAUCCUAUUUUCUAAUUUAGUUAAAAUACAUCAGGGGAAUAGAUUUAUAGAUAAUUAGAUUAAUAACAAGAUGAUAGCGCUUAUAUGGCUGAGCCAAUGUAUUAAUUAAUUUUGACAGUGAAGAAACCGAUACAAAAGUUUUAUAGUUUGUUAAUUUUAAUAGAAAAGAAUUUGAUUAAUGA